AUGGAAGUGUUUGAGGAGAUUGAGCAACAAGACCCUUCUCUAAAGACUGCCACCAUAGGCUUAGUGGAAGAUGAUGCUAGUAAUGGAAAGGAAAACGAAAAUGAUGACUAUCAUGCACAUCAAUCCAGAGUCUUGCAAGAACAAUUUGGAAUUGAUGCCGAAGAGCUGCCACCUACUCGAGAACCAAGUCAUAAUAACCACGGAGACGUACUAACUGCUAUUCAAAAGGUUAAAAUGAGAAUACAAAGGAGGAAAGAACAAAAUUCAAUUGCAACCCAAACCGAUACAUUCAAGGAUUCAGAUUUAUCCAAAAAGAAUUUUGGAUUUGAAACACAGAUCCUCAAGACAACAUGUAUCACAUCAACUCCUUCCAUGGAAUCAACCCAGCAGAUUCAGAGUGAAAGAUUAGAAUCUAUACCUUUAACACAAUCUAUUCAGACAGAUUCCAUGAAGAGAUCAAUUUCACUAUCGACGCAGCAGAUUCAGACGGGAACCGCUGAAUCAGUGGAUCAGCUUGCAUCAACGCAAAUUAUUCCCGCUGAGUCAGAUAAGAGAACCACUGAGGGAAAAGCUCUCAAUACCAGAAAAGAAGAUAACGACAACGAUAAUAUUAGUGCUGACGAUGAUGAUGAUGAAACGCUCGGAAGAUCCGAAGGACCGCUCCACGUUUCUGACGAUGGGCACGGAAAUUCUAACAAAGCAUACCUCAACGCAGUAGGACAGCAAACCCAGGUGAUGCAGGCCACUGGAAUAAAAGUGAUUACGCAGAAAGGCGCUGAACAGGAUUCUGAUGAAGAAAUGAUUAGACCCAAAACAAGGCGUAAUCAAGAUACCUCAAUUCUAGAGUCUCUGUUUGUUGACUCUGAUGAUGAUUCUGAUGAUGAAAUUAGUAAGAAUAUUCCAGGUUAUGCAAGUAUGAGUAGGGACGAGCGAUUGGCUGCUCGUAAAUUGGAACGUCUGAAGCUGAGAGAUCAAAAAAAAUUAAAACCUAUAGGAAACGAGUACUUAAAUACGCAAGAAAAACUGGUAAGAAGAGAUGCUGUUAAAAGGAGAGAAACCGAAAAGCAAAGGGUUUUGAAAAAGCAACAGAAACUUGAUGCGAUAAGACAAAAUGAACUGCUGAAAAAGGCAUUUGUCGAAGUGAAAAUUGCUAAACCUACAAAAUUCUCUAAAGAUAAGCUGCUACACGAGUUCAAUCUGGAGUCAGAUAAGGAGAGUAGCAAAAGUGAUGAUGGAAUACACCAACGUGACACCAUAUCUACUAUACCAACAUCCCCUGAGAAACCUGUACCUAGUCUUCCAGUGACUAAAAUGAUCAAGAAAAAGCAUUUUAAAGAUAGUGAAAAAUUGAUUAACUUAGACUCGGGUUCUGAUUCGGGAUCCGAUGACAAUUAUGUUCAUGUUGAUGAAGAUUAUGAUGAUCCUAGUGCAUCACUUAGCUACAAACAGAAAGAGCUUGAUAUAAAGCUGAAGUAUGCCAAAAAGAGGUCCAAAGAGCUCGUUAAAGCAAAGAAGGCUACAUUGGCUGACAUAAUACGUAAACAUAAUGAAAAACAACUAGAGGAAAUAUUGAAGGAUAAAACACGUAAUAUGACAAACAAAGAAAUCAAACUAACUGAGGAAAUGCUGACCAAGAUGUUAAUGGAGGAGCAAACCAAAAAUGCUAGAAAGCUGAAGAAAGAAGAAAAUGAGUUGAGAAAACUGGAACGACAAAGAAGAUUACUUAGAGACGGUAAGUUAGGACACGAUAAUUCUGAAUCCAGUGAAUAUUCUAGCAAUUAUGAUAUAUCAUCAAAUGAGUCAGACUACGAUUCAGAUGCAGAACUUAAAAAGGCGGAAGACAUUCCUUCUUUCAAACUCACCAACACAGAUGCAUUCAAAGAUUUCGACCUAUCAAUGUCGAAAUUAGCUGAUAAAGAACACACUCAAAGAGAAGCUGGGCAGCUAUCCACAUAUGAUAAGUUUAAGAAACUAAAAAAUGCAGAGGAUUCUAGCGAGGAAGAGGUAGAUGACUCGGUCAUGGAGCAUAAAGCCUCUUUUGGUCAGAAAUCUUUUUUAACUGAACAAUUGCAAACUCAGAGUUUGGUGGAAGAUGGUCCGAAUGAUGCGCCGAGUGAAGUCCCUCUAAAAGACCUUUUAGAUUCGCAAAAUCUGAUUUUAGAAACACAGGUAGACGCUGUCGAUCCUUGUAGUAUAGAUCAAUCUACGCAAGUAUCACCAAAGGAAAUUUUGGAGUCGAAGAACAAUAAAGUUCAACAAACAGAAAGUGAUGAAAUUGCCAUAGAAGUUGUGUAUGAGAAUAAUAAAAACGGUGAGAAAGUGAGAGAAGAUAACUAUGUAGAAGCUAGUGAUGUGGAUGACGAUGAAGAAGAAAAAAUCAAAAUUGGCAGGAAAAGUACAAUACUUGAUAAAAGCAACGGCAAUGGUACUACUCUGGAAGCUAUUUUUCCUGAUGAGGAAACAGAAGAACAACGACAAAUGAGAGCACAAUUAAUAAAAAAUGCAAGGAAAAAAGAACGUCAAUUGGCACGUGAAAGGAAACUUAAAUUAAAAGAAAGUGGAUUGAGUGAAAUGAUGGAAGGGGAGGCAGUUGAAUCUGAGGAUGAAUAUCAAGGUAUUGGCGGUUCUGAUACUGACUCAUCAGAUGACGAAAACAGUGAAGAUGAAAAGUUAAUAGAUGAUGCAAGUAAUUUAGAAAUUGAUGAAAAUGAAAUGCGUAAACUUCAGCUGGAAAGGGAGUUGAAGGAGGACGAAGAGAAAGUUGCUAAAACAUAUAAAGACGUUAAGACUCAUAAGUUAGCAAAGAGGAGAGCUAAAAAUGGAAUCUUUGAUAUCGAAUUAUCCGACGAUGACGAUGAAAUGGAUGAAAUGUUAAAAAUCAAGGAAUUCGUUCGAAAACGUAAAUUGAGAGAGCAACAAGAACUGAUGGAAAGAAGCAGAGUUAAGAUAUCAGAUAACGAUCCAAAGAAACCAUUCUUUGACGCCAUGGCUGUCAACAUACCCUCGCAUGUUUCCAUUUAUAAGGAUUCGUUUAUGAAUACUCUAAGUGAACUAAACGACGAUGAUGAUAGUAACGAUGGAGAAGAAUCAAGGCAAGAAAUAUUGGAAGAUGAAAAACUCAAAGAACAUUAUGAAUAUCUACAACCUCACAAAAAACGCAAACUUAAUUCAGUUAAAUCUUUUCAAGACGAUGCUGACUUUAUGUACGGCUCUUUUCAAGACAUGGAAGCAGAUAGGCUAAAACGUGAUGUUCUAUCCAGUGAUAGUGGCGAUGAUAGCGACGAUGGCACCCAAGAAUUACGCAAACUAAAAAGGAGGACAAAGGUAAAGUUAACUAGAAAAUUGGGUGUGAGGCAGGAAGUCGGUGCUGAAACAGAAGUUCCUGGCUCACAAGGAUCACUUAGUAUUCUAUCUAACUCUACGACUUCGAUUACAGCAUCAUUCAAAAAAGCAACCGAAAAGAAAGUGAAGAUUAGUGCCAAUACAGGUAAUGUGAUUGGUGAUGUUACUGUGACCACGACCACUAGGUCAGUUACAAAUUCGAAGGCCGCCAUCACCAGAUUGGCUUCCUCUGAGAGUACCAAACCAGAUUUGGGAAAGCGUGUUGUUAAAGGUUCGGAAGUUGACAGGUUAGAGAGAAUGUUGGCGAAAUCAAGGAAGAGGGGUAUCAGAGACAUUGCUCAACGUUAA